AUGUCGUAUGAUUCACCCGCACCAACUCCUUCACCUCACCACACGACAUUCGAUACACGACUAGCAUAUAUACAGUCUCAAGGAUCUUCCAUCCCUUCCUCUUCUUCCUCAGCCACCUAUCAGCCUCGUCAAUCAUCGACAUCCUUACGCCCGCCUGCUCUAGCAUCACAUCCAGGUUGUGUUUUAUGCAGUUUGGUAGCUUCUUCAUCUGAACAACCAUCCUCUACUUCAGCGAAUAAUUCACCAGGGGUUAAAACAUCUCUAUUGCCACCUACGAAUACAAAUGAAUCGAAUUAUCAUGAACCAUUUGAUAGAAUUAGAAGUCCCUCGCCAAUAUUAGCGACGAGACGGUCAAAUGCAUCUGGAAAAGAGGUGGUCCAUCAAGAUUCAGAGGUUACAGUUUAUAAAGCUCAAGGUAAAGAAAGUUUGUGCAGUGAUGGUAAACACCUGAUAGUGGUAUUGAAUAAACACUUGGAGAACGUGUAUGAUUUAGGGCCCUCAGAUGUUCCGCUCUUGAGUCAUAUAAUCGAACUGUCAAAUCGCUUGCUUGGGUCUUUGCCUGCACAAGCAAACAGCUCAUCUAGUGAUGCUGAAAGAGGCAAAGGGAAGGGAAAGGAGAACGAUGUCCGAGUUGGUCUGGUUGGAAGUGUCAUGAAGGACCCGCAGUGCCCCCAUGCACAUCUUCACGCUCAUGCUAUGCUUGGUCCCGUGGAUACUUCUCUUCCGGGCGCUUCGUUCUGGAGGAGAAACGUAGUAUUUGGUACUAUGAACUGGUGGGGAAUUGAGGAUCUAAGAGCGGAAAUCAGAGAGGAAACGUCGAAUAAUCGUGUUAAAUCUGGUUAUCAGCAUAGAGAUAGAGCCCCUAUUGAUAGAGUGCCUGAUGCUGGAUCAUUGGCUGGUCUACCGAAUGCGUUGGAUCCGUCAGAUUAUCAGGAUCAGUCAUCACCUUCGCCAACUAAGAAACCUGAUUCCCUAAUUCGAUCACUUUCCAAGCGCCCAGCUACGGGAUCGGCAAAUUCUUCAACGGAAGUGGUCAGUACACAAUCGAAAGGUAAAGUUUCAGAAAGGCAAGAUGCUGAACCUCGUCCGUCCGAAGAAGGUGAUGAGGGGUAUGUCGCUGUUGAUCUGAAUGAAAUAUCUUCAAAUCCUACAAACAGAGUCGAAAGGGGUGGGAGGAUAUAA